AUAUAUAUAUAGAUUUAUUUAUCUAUAGGAAGGUAGUGAGAGCGUAUUCUUUAGCUCUGGUCUUUUUGAACCCUAGGAUUUUGGUGAUCUAGCUAGGGUUUAAAGGUUUUUUGCGGAUUCGUUGAGGCUCUGGAGAAGCGCAGGGGAGCGACUCAAUAAUGGCCGCUUCUGUCAGUGCAACUCAGGUUGGUUCUUAUUUCGUGCAACAGUACUAUCAGAUUCUUCAACAGCAACCGGAUUACACUCAUCAGUUUUACAACGAUUCCAGCACCGUCGUAAGAGUCGAUGGUGAGACCACUGAAUCGGCUUCAGCACUGCUGCAAAUUCAUGCACUCAUCACCUCACUGAAUUUUACUGCAAUUGAAAUCAAGACAAUUAAUUCUCUUGAAUCUUGGAGUGGAGGUGUUGUUGUGGUAGUUUCUGGUUCUGUAAAGUCCAAGGAUUUCAGUGGCUGGAGGAAGUUUUUGCAGACAUUUUUCCUUGCCCCCCAGGAGAAAGGCUAUUUUGUUUUGAACGACAUCUUUCACUUUGUCAAUGAGGAGGUGAUUAAUCAACCUCCUGCAUUGGGUGUAUCAGAUGUGAUCCACCAAACACCAGCCCCUGUAGCUGUUGAAAACGAAUCUGAUUCUCAACCAGCGAGUUCUGUACCUCUUCAGGAGCCACCGGUCUCUGACUAUACCUUAGACGCGGAGGCUGGGGAGUAUGGGAACUCAGUUCAUAUAGAAGGAGAUGAUGCAGUUGAAGAUUAUAGUUAUCGAGAGCAGGAGCAGGAGCAGGAGCAGGAGCAAAAUGCUGGGGCAGAAAAGGAGCAAAAUGCUGGGGCAGAAACUGUGGAUGAAGGGACUUCUUUAGAGGAGUCAUCUGGUUUUAUGCAAAAUGAAGAAGACACCGCACAAGAACCUCUUCCUGCGGUGGAGGAACCUGUUGGGGAGCUUCCAAAAGUUUCUUAUGCUUCUAUAUUGCGAGCUCCAAAGGGAAAUCCAACAUCAACAGUCACUGUUCAGCCAUCUUUCAAUAAGAAGGCAUCACCACAGCCACCUUUACUGCAGUCAAAUGCUGCACUGUCGGUUGCACCUGAUAUCAGUGAGGAUGUUGCAGAGGAAACUUUUUCACACAAAGAGGGAGAAUCAAAAUCUAUCUAUGUGAGGAACUUGCCCUCUGGUGUUUCUAGUCUUGAAGUUAUGGAAGAGUUCAAAAACUUUGGGAGAAUCAAGCAGGAUGGGGUUUUUGUAAACAAUCGCAAGGAAAUUGGUGUUUGCUAUGCCUUUGUUGAGUUUGAAGAUGUCCAGAGUGCCCAAAAUGCAGUGAAGGCUUCACCGAUAAAAUUGGCUGGACGACAAGUCUAUGUUGAGCUAAGAAAACCAAGCAUCGGCAGUACGACUCGUGGAGGGAGAAGGGGACGUGGCAGAGGUGGUCGUCUUGGGGGACGAUUUGGUAGGGGAAGCAACCUAGACAGCAAUGAUAGCAACAAAGGGAGAAGCAAUGGUUUCCGCAGUUCUUGAAAACAGCAAGGGCUUGAGUUUGGCAAAUUUGCUCCGCUAGUUUGGCAGAUAUGGUUCUUCAUUUUACAAAACAAGAUUUGUUUCCCACCAUUAUUCGUCAAUUGUUUGAGUGAUUUUCUAUAUAAAUGCAUGUGAUGAUGUAUUUCAUGUCAUUGUUAUCUGGCAUCUAUAGGUCCCCCCUCUUGGCAAAUUUUGUCCUUGUAAAUCUGGAGGGGCUGCUUUUUGGCCUUUAUUGGUUGCAGUGCAUCUUGAGUAAGCAUAUUUAUCAAGCUAUUCAUACAUGUAGGAAGUCCCAAUAACUCUACUUUCCAAUUCUAUGCUAAACGGUUCUUGGUUGCGUUGUGGCUC